UUCUCCUCCACAGCCAUAUCCUCCUCUCUCUUAAAACAAACAUAUUAUUUAGACGAAACUAUCCUUCAUUUUUAAAUAAACUUUCCAAAACACCCUUACAUUUCUUUUAGAAUAUAUACAUGUCUUUAUUUAUUGUUUUACACCAUUCUAAUGAACAUUUAUUUGCUUUUUCAAUUUAAUUCAAAGGAAAAAAAAACAAAAGUAAAGAGUUAGUUCGAAGACAAAAGGUACCACGAAAACACUUACUCUUUUAAAAUUUUUCCUUUAAUUCUCGUGAAAAAUAAGAAAUGAGCAUUAUACUAUGAAACGAAGAGAGUAGUACUUAAGUAGUGUAAUACCUGUAAUGAUGUCUAGGUCAAAUGUGGAGUAUUUAUAAAUUAUAAACCACUCGACCCUUAACCCUCCCCUCGCAUUUAUUCAUAACUCGCACUACAAACUCCAAUAAGCAAUUCAUAGUUUCAUACCCCAAGUUUACAAAAUGGCCUCCACUUCAGAAACCAAAACCAACUCAAACCUUUCCUUCCUAAACGAACAUAAUGGGGAGGAGGAAGAGACAUACUACGCAUACACAAUGCAGCUAAUCACUUCUUGUUCUCUUCCCAUGGUCAUAAAAUUCACCAUUGACAUGGGGGUACUUCAGCUUAUCCAUGAUCAUCAGGCAAGCCCCAAUUGCAACGGACUGUCACCGGCAGAGAUAGCAGCUCGAGUCCAGACUCAGAACCCAGACGCACCUGUCAUGCUGGAUCGGAUGCUCCGACUUCUAGCCACCUACUCUGUUGUCAAAUGCACCAUAGUCCCCACCAUCGAUGGUGGUUUCGAGAGACGAUAUAGUUCAUCGCCAGUGACAAAGUUCCUGGUACCUGAUGAUGAUAGUGUGUCAUUGGCUGCUCUGUUAAACCUUUUUAUUGACAAGGUCUUCAUGGAGAGCUGGAGCAAACUUACAGAUGCUGUACUAGAAGGAGGUAUCCCAUUUAACAUGGUACAUGGAAUGCACGCAUUCGAGUAUCCUAAAGCGGACGCAAGAUUCAAUGAGGUUUUCAACCAGGCAAUGUAUCAAACAACAUCUGUUAUUAAGAAAAUUUUGAGCAAGUACAAAGGUUUGGAAAAUAUCCAACAACUAGUUGAUGUUGGUGGUGGUCAUGGACACACUCUUGGUGUCAUUACAUCUCAGUAUCCAUCCAUUAAAGCUAUCAACUUUGAUUUGCCUCAUGUCAUCAAAGACGCCCUUCCAUGCAAUGGUGAUGGCGUAGCACAUGUUGGUGGAGAUAUGUUCCAAAGCAUUCCAAAAGGAGAUGCCAUAUUCAUGAAGUGGAUUCUACAUGAUUGGAGCGAUGAGCGUUGCUUGAAGUUGUUAAAAAACUGCUACAAGGCUUUACCAGAAAACGGGAAGGUGAUUGUGGUGGAAGCUAUUGUCGCAGAUGAGUUAGAGACCAACAUUUCGGCCAGAGUUACGAGUAGUAUAGACAUAUACAUGAUGACACAAAACCCUGGAGGAAAGGAAAGGACCAGGCACGAGUUCGAGACACUUGCCAAGGCAGCUGGUUUUGCAAAUGUCAAUUUCGAUUGCUGCGUCUAUAAUUUUUGGGUUAUGGAGUUCUACAAAUGAUUUGGAGAUAGUAUAACGGAGGGAUCUUUGGUGCCUAAACAACAAAUAUUUCACUUGUAGAAAUAUAAGUGAAAGUUGUUUGUACCAGCUCAUUGUCUCUAUUUUCUCUCUUUUGUUGGCCGAGAGGCUACAACCAACCUCUUUGUUUUAAUUAUAAGCCCCAAUUUUAUUGUUUAUAUCUUCUAGUUUUAUUUAAAAAGUGCAACAGAUCGAAAGACAUCCUCAUGGAAAGUUUUAUUAAGAGCGAUGUGAAAAAGAAUGUAUAUAAGUGUCAUAUCUCAUCUACAACUAUCGAAAUUUGUCAAUUUUGAAUUUUAUUUGAUCAAAAUUGUAAUAUAUGUAUCUGUUAGUUUUGAUUUCUA